AGCCAAGACGAGCACAGCCGGUAAUGAACCAGUGUCACACAGUCCGCAAGGUAAAGGCCCGUUGAUAGCUCCGUCGCGGAAGAUAUGACAGCCAAUUGGCAAUGCGGCGGCGGUGACGGUCGUGUGGCCUGGCCUGGUCGAGGUAGCGAGGCCAGCGUGGCGUCAGUGUGCUACCUGCCUCCGAGUCGAAAGGACGUGUCUCGUCCCGCUGCCGUCGAAGUCUCCGCUCACACGCGCGCUCCCGACGCCACGCUUUAGUUCCGACGCGAGAGUUUGCUGCGAAAAAGGAAAAGGGGAAAAUAAGAGACGAGGAAACAAACAUUUAAAGCUGGAUAUUUUUGUUUUUUCAUUUUCUUCAUAUUUACCGCCUUUUUUUUUCUUUCUUUCUUUUUUGGUUUUGGUGAGUUUGGAACUUUACUCCAUUUUUUCCCCCCACAACUGCAGUGACCGAUCGAAUUGGACAUGUUAUCGGUGAGAACUGUGAAAGAAAAUAAACGCUAAGAAAAACAACAACAAAAAAAACAAAACAAAAUAAUAAUAAUAAUAAAAAAAAAACACAUACAUUAGUUAAGUCAAGAAAAUAACGGAAUUAUUCUUUUUUACUGACUCGGUGAUCCCCCCCAAAAGUGGCUGAACUGAUAAUGAGAAGUAUUUACAUCAGCGCUAUACUGUUUCUUAAUUAUGCAGCAGGAGACAUCCUCCGAGGCGUGGACGUGCCCCUGUACGCCUUCGCAGGAGGUCAGGCCACCCUGAGCUGCUCGUACGACUUGCGGGCGACGCGCCUCUACUCGCUCAAGUGGUACCACAACGGCACCGAGUUCUACAGAUACGUCCCCACGGAGCGCAACCGCCCCGUCUACAUCGGGCCGAGCCACAAGUUCUCCGUCAAGGAACUCUUUCGCAGUGACCAGCGCGUAACCCUCUCCCUGACCCGACUCUCGGUCUCGGCCUCGGGUCAGUACCGCUGUGAGGUCAUCGCCGAACACCCGAGCUUCAGGACGGAAGCCGGUACAGCUAGCAUGACCGUGUUGCGCGAGCCCCUCACCCCGCCCGUGCUCGUGGGCGCCCGUGAGAUCUACGAGCCGACGGAACUCAUCAAGAUUGGGUGCCAACUGAGACGCCCGUUCCACCACGAGCACAAACCGACCUUACAGUGGUAUCUCGAAGGCAGUCAGGUUGGAUCUGAAUGGGUGACCCCUUACGGAAACGCUUUGCAACACGGCUCCUCUGGCCUCUCGCUGCAUGUGCCGGGCGAACAGAUCGCGUCAGCAGGAGGGAGUCUGCAAGCUGAGUGCCGCCUCACCCUCGGUCCGCACACACUCAGCGCACGCAAGACACUGAGGGUGAGGAUGCGGAUGAUAUCUUACGUGGACAAUUACCAUUCUACAGGUUCCAAGAGGAUGAGUGGCACCGGCUUCGUCUUCGUGACUGGGGCCAUCUUGAUCUCCCUGCUGCUAGUGUAGAGGAGGCGUCAGUGGUAUACUUUCAACUCUUUGUGUAAUAAGUGUAUUCCAUGUAUAGUGGUAAUUAAGGACUUUUGUUUUCAUAUGGAGAGCUUCAUCUUGUGUAGGAAGUCUAUGUAAAAAUGAAGAUUUCAGAAAGAUUAUAUAUAUAUAUGGAAAGAUAGAAAGUCACUUGUAAAUUUCUUCAUACAAUUAGAUGUUCAUAGACCUGUAGACCUGAGUCAUCAUUUAAAGAGAGUAACACUUGAAGCCAAGUGUCGCCUCAUCAUCACUCUUUUCGGGAGCGUUUCCUCUCCUCAUCAUGUGGAAUCUAGGACAACUAUGCCUUACAAUUAUCCUUAGAUUAGCAGGCCUAUUUUAUAUCACUCUCAGGCCAGGGCACGAUGAACCGCAGCGGAAUGUCCACACGCCAGUACACAUACGCUGAAUUGUCUAUAUAUUGUGAUUGUACAUUAUCACUGUAGGCAGAGGGCGGGCAGUCACAACUUGUGGUUUAUCCAUAAUGACUUCAGGAUAAAACAUAACAAAAACAUGAUGUAUAAAAUGAAUUGAAAAAUUGGGAAUUAAAAGAUAUAUGGGUAAGAUUAAUCAGAGUAAGAGUCAGCUGUUCAAGGCAAGUGUUAGGAUUUUUUGGUGUGUGUUAGUGCUUUCCUGACUCUUGGCUGUGCUACUGAUAAGCCAAGUGGGGGAUAUGAGGUUAGUGUGUUUGUGGAGAUUUACCUCAUACUUUUAAGAGUGAGUGUAAAAUUUAGUAGUCACAAAAGCGUUUCAAUAUCCAUUGUAAAGAAAUUAUACCUUUUCUUUAUUUUUUCUUUCUUUUUUUAUAUAUCAUAUAAGAGAUUACUUUGUAUGUAAUGUAUUGCGGUUCAAUAUAUCUCGUAUUACUGAAUAAAGAUA